AUGUAUCAAGCGUAUUGUGUAAAAUUGUACAAACCGAGUCGUUCUUCAGUCAAGAUUGAGGCACCCUGCAAUUUUCCCGCAUUUGCUUUUAGCAACUAACUAUCUGAACAGACAUUUCAUUUUAAUGGCUGAGGUGCCCAGAUGAUUACUCCCACACCGUUAACAAACAUGUGUGGCGGUGCGGGGAUUCAGCGUUUACAUCCGUUCGAUAGUGUAUCUGACCAUAAAACCAAAAGCAUAAAAGGAAGACAUCCUGGUGCCAAAACAGAAGCUGCUUAAGGUUCUGUUCCCCCACGGUGCCCCCUCAUGGUGUAGUAGUAGGUAUUGAUUGAAGGGAGCAGUGUUAUUGACACUACACAACCCAGCACCCAGUGUUUGCAUCGAAAGCUCUUCAUCAACAGCGGCAUUUUUUUUGCAACAUUGCAGCCUGGUUAAGAAUCCAACAACAUGUAGCGGGGCGGGGAAGCAGCAGGCGGGCUGGAGACAAUGCCAGCUCUGAAAGACUAGAGGGGAACCUCUACCACCUGAACACAGAGGUGCAAGUUCUUGAGCGGGUCUGUGCCUGAAAUCGGAGCAUCUGCAGCAAAGUCGCCCCCCCUACUGACUGACUGUGUGUUGUGGAUUUCUCACACCCGGUGUGGGUUGCUCGCGGCUUAAACUGAGAUCCGCCGGCUCAACAUAAUUCAGAGGUGGCCUGGGCAAGAGAAAGAUUGAAAUAAUGUCUGCUGGUGUGGAAAAAGCUUGCCAUCGAUGUAUUUCAAAAAUUGCCAGCAAUGCUUGUUUAAUCUUUGGGCUCCUUGCCUUCCUUGCAGUGCCACUGUCAAUGGCGUUUGUGGGGAUGAAGUUCCUGGACAGUUGCCCUAUUCAGCCAUUGAUUCCUUUGUAUUUGCUGGUUGGAGGAAUCAUCGGCAGUUUGAAGGUUACCCUCCUGCUCUAUGAUUCUGCAAAAAUGAGACAACUUCUUUCCAAAUCUGUUAUGAUUGGCGACGAUGAUGAUGAUGAAUAUCCUUGGCGACAAAAUCUUCACCGAUAUUACAUCCAUGUUACCCUCAGUCUGUUCCUGUUUGUGUGGUUUAUAUUGGGAAACUACUGGGUAUUCUCUGCAUAUCUGCCCAAUUUUAUUCCCCCUUUUCACCAGCCUCAAGAUUACUGUGAUAAAACUGUGUACAUCUUCUCAGUGGUUGUCCUGGUCAUAAGUCACACAGUUCUAGGCCUUUUGGUUCUGUGCAGUUGCUGCUUAUUCUCUUUCUCAGAGCAAAGUGAUGAUUCAGAAGAAGAAUGAAAAUCAGGCUGAACAUUAAGUACAUGAAAAUAUGAUUAAAAUACAAAUGUCUGAUAAAACUGCACAGUUUCAUGAAGGUCAGAACUGGAUGGGCUAUUCCUCUUAUUUUCAGGGCUGUUUAUAAGUAACUGUCUUCUCUGCUGUGCCCUAUGUCAUAUUCUGUCCAUGUAGACCUUAUUGAAAAUGCAGGCUAGAUUUAGGCAUGUGCAGCCUUGCAACAAUUAUAGAACAUAGAACAUAGAACAUAGAACAGUACAGCACAGAACAGGCCCUUCAGCCUACAAUGUUGUGCCGACCAUUGAUCCUCAUGGAUGCACCCUCAAAUU